AAGCAUAAAGCAUAAAGCAUAAAGCAUCAAAGCAUCAAAGCAUCAAAACACCACAACAUCACAACAUCACUAUAUCAACACAAAACACCAUCUUACUUCUACCAAAACAACCUCUACCUCAUACCUUCUUUUUCUAGAAUAUGAACAUCACUAAAAAACCAGUGGUCACACCUCCCCAAAGCUUCAUCUGCAAAGCUCUUCUCACUCCUCCGCCAACCAACGAGAAGGCGACAAAGACAACAUCGCAGGUAUUGCUGGAAAUUAAAAGACGGAAAAUCGGGCGUAGUAUUUGUAACAACGCUUGGGAAGAGUACGAAUUGAAUGUGGAGGAAUACAUCGAGCUAUUGCGUUCAAUUCGGCGUAACAAAUCUCUUCAAGGGUUUGUGGAAGAUAAACUUCGGUAUGGGUUAUCAGAAACAACUGAGGAUAUGAAUAUUUGACUAAUAUUAAAAUAAUCAAUAUAGAUACGAUUAUUUCCCAUUUGCGAAACGGUUCGUACUUCGAAUGCCUUUACGUGUACACGAAACUUUCAUAUUUAAAAUUGUAGACGAACUAGCUCAACAGCUCAAAUUCAUUACUUCCGGAAAGGGCCAAUCUGCCGAAUUUGCAAAGAAAAUAGAAUCGCAUAAUUCGACAACUCUCAAAUUCGAAGAUUAUAGUAAACACGAUCCUGAUGGCCAAUUCAAACAUUCGCGAGCACAGCAUCCAGGCGUUGUGAUUGAGGUGUCAUUCUCACAGAAGUGGAAAUACUUGAAUCGAUUAGCUGAUGCCUAUAUUCUUGGGUCCGACGGCGGUACUCGUGUUAUGGUUGGUAUCGAUGUAGAAUAUAGGGGAACUAAGAAAGUUACCUUAUCUGUUUGGCAGCCUCAACUUAUAGGCAUUGAGAAUGGAGAAAUAGAGCUUCGUGUUAUACAAACAGUGAAGGACGAAAUUAUCCGCGAUGAAAAUGGUGAAUGGAAUAAGUCUUCGCAAGCAGGUUUACAUCUCCAAUUGAAAGACUCUGCACCGAAGCGUAUAGUUUCAAAUUUUGAAUCUGUAGAUGGACCGAUGAAAGAUUCAUUAUUUAUAUCCACUCAUUCUUUAUGCGAAUAUCUCGAAUUUGCUGAGGCAGAUACAACAAUGAUCGAGGCGAAGGAGGGAAUAGUCGACCCUAAAUUAUUUACAAGAAAGCGUGCUCGGUCUCCUACACCGAUAGAGGAGCUUAAUGAGGACGGCCAAAGAAAAUUUCGGAAAGAAUCACGAAAGGUGGAGAAGAAGGCGGAAAAGGAUUAUCCACAAUAUGAGCCUAGCUCUCUCUCUGAUGCAGAAAGCACUUCCAACUAAAAUCGACCUUUCUCUAAUUUCUACAAACUUCUUGAACCGUUUUUCAAAUCUACUACAUAACCACCCUUUAUCGUCCCGCAUCCGACAUAUCCUGGAUCAACUACAUGCAAACAUUUCUCCUCUUCGGGGGCCUUCACCAGAUGCCUCAUCAACGCCGGAUACUUCCGUUCCAUCUUUCUCAUCGGCAUCAUUUGUUUAGAGCAGGUCAAGAUAUGAAGGAUUUCCUUAGGGUUGUGAAGUAUCCUCCCGAAACUGUCAACUGAUCAACUUUUAGCUGAUUCCUACUAAUAUAUAAGAUUGCGUUCCAAUCUUCCACGCACGGAUCUAUCUCAAUGUCAGCAAGAAAUUUUUGCAAUGUGCUGGAUUAGAAGUUCUUCGUCUUAAAUAGAUAACAUGGUAAUGCUUUUGUUGUUGCACUAAAGUGUUCAUUAUCUGAUUUCUCGAUCACUGUCGCGCCGAACUGUAAAACCUCUAUGGUAGAUUCCUCUUCCAUGUCAACGAUUGCUGUAGCAAGGCAUCUCUUUCGCUAAGUAGCAUUUCAAAAUGAUUUUCCUUGAAUAUUCCAUUGUUGAAUGAUUUUCUUGUGCCUAGGUCUACCCUCAUAUCCCUUCGACCAUUCUACUCGGCAUUGGCACGAGAGUGAUCUCGGAAAGAAUUAUAGAAUUAGUGCGAUGCUAGAAUGAACAGACCAAUCAAAUGAAUAGGGAUUAGGGGCUGAACCGGAACCUUUCACUCACACUACUAUUAACGUUCUUCUUGAGCGUUGUGUUUCAGAUGCGCGGGGUUUCGCCCGUUAUCCACCACAAGUCAUUCUUCCACAAGUUAAUGCUGUCAACACGACUUCCGACAAAGACUUGAAGGCAUACUAGGUAUAUACAGAAAGCAAACGACGUCUUGAUCUUGAUAAACUAUAAGCGCGGAUCGAUGAGGUUAUCUAGAACAUCCCGAAGCUAGU